AUGAUGGCGACGCCUUUUACGGCCGCGUCGUCCGCGUCAUUCGUCGUCCGACGCGAGAAGCGCCGGCGCCAGAAAGCGAGUGCUCCGACGGGCACGCGACGCACUCCUCGACGAGGCUUUAAGUUUAGCGAUAAGAAAGACAGGGAAGCGAAUGAGGCGCCCGUGGAGGCGACGCCUGUGGGAAAGAGAGCCCCCGGGACCCCUGCGAAAGACAACACGUUUGUGUUCCGCGUCCGAAAGGACGAUGAGAAGGAGGUCGACAAGCAGCACGAAGUGGACGCAGCUGCGGUGUCGACAGCGCUGCGAGAAAAGCAAGAGAAAGCGGCCAGGGCUGAGAUGCGACGACUGGUGCGUCAAAAAAAGCGCGAGGAGGCGGCGCGAGAAGCGCUGAACGAGGAGGAGAUGAAGAAGAAGAAGAUGUCGACCGAUCAGGUGUCGCUCUAUCACAUGGUGCAGCGACAAGUGAAGCGUGAACUCCGUAAGGUGAGAAAAGAGUUUCUCACCUCAGCCGCACGUCGAGACAUAAUGCAGAUCAGCGAGACGAGCCUGCAGGCCAUGAAGCAGGAGCUGAUUGUUUUCAUGGCCGAACACCCGCCAGGGAACGUCACGAUCAAGAUUUCGAACCCCGAAAAUGCUCGGAUACGUGCAGCAAUCGAGACGUACGACCAGCAGCUUAAAAGCUUGGAAGAAGAAGAGAAGCAGUGGCUAGAACUGAAGACUACAGUUGAGAUGGACAGGCAAUUUGCAUGCAGCAACGCAACAAUCGAAGCCAGGAGCACAGACUCGGAGUCCAAUACAGUGAGUACUCAGGACAAGCCCGAUAUCGAAGAAACGUUGCAGCAGGAAGAGCUGUCGUGCGGAUUGGAAGUCACCCGAGGUGUCAAUGCACUCCAGCGCUCGGCGCUGCAGCAACUCAAUUCGACUACGGAACAGCUGACGCUGCUGGACGCGUCCAUGCUGACAGUAAACAGGUUAAUAGUGGAAGCCGAAAUGAAGAAGGCGCGGGUCUUUGACGCAUAUCAUGACAGUGCCUUCAAGGGCUACGGUAACGUAGCGCGACCAAAGGAAAGUCUGCGCGCGCUGCUCGAGUUGCCGGCCCGGGGCGACGUGCCGUAA